AUGACAGCACUCCCGGAAAACCUCGCCCACGUCGACCAACUGGAAGCGUGGGAGGAGGCCAUGAACAGAGUCGACGGGGAGAAAACAGCAACAUUCCAGGUGCUGAGAUGGGACCGAAACCGGUACGAUAUCCCAAGCGGGUUCGUCCUGGAGCGAGCGCGGUCGGUGACGCACUCCUUUGGUGCAUCGCUGGCCAAAGACGGUACUCACACGGUAUGGAUUCACUUCCUCUGCACGGCCGCUUCUCCAGACGUCGCAAGGUCGGAAUGGCUUCACUCCGCCGUCGUUCUGAAAUGGUCAGCGGCCGAUGGCAAACACCACGGCAAGGCUCCCGUUACCCUGACGUGCUUUCGGCCCAUGCCAGGACUCGUACAGCGGUUCCAUCAGCUCGCAGAAGCAGCAGACUGGACGGAUGUCCUCCAGGACCCGUAUCUACUGCUCGACAUGGUGUUUGAGUACUGGUUCCUCUGCCUGGACGAUAGCGCCUGGAAGACCAACGACUUUUGUCGAGACAUCGAAAAGGGUGCGUUUCAAGGCACCAAACGUCUCGAUGCCGGUUCCGCCAGCCCGCCGGCCGUUGAUCUCCAUCACGUACAUACUAUCGCCAAAAAUGCAAUCUUCAUGCUCGAAGGAGUCGAUGCGACGCUCCGGUCACUCGACGCUGCCGUCACCCAUCACCAGGAACUAUCCCAGACACGCCCGCCCGUAUGGAGGGCCACGCAUAGCUCCCUGCUGUACCGCAAGGAGCUUUUCCACUCGACCAGGUUGCGGAUUAUCAGUGUUGAAAAGCGGCUACAGAACAUCAUCAACCUCGCCUUUAACAUGGAUGCCAUGCAAAACAGCCGCAUCACGCAACGAGACAGCUAUAGCUUAAAGGCGCUCUCUGUCGCCGCGACAGUCUUGCUUCCUCUUUCGACCGUUGCUACAGUUUUCAGCACGCCGUUCUUCGAGCCCUCUCGCCCGUCGUCCGGCGGCGAAAAGGAGGGAGCGGAAACGCUCCUGGUCAACCGCAAGUUCUGGCUUCUAUGGGCCAUCGCGGUGCCCGUCACCGUCGCCUUGAUCUGUGGCUGGUGGUUCUUGGAGAAAGGCUUUGAGCCUGUGCUUGCGGGAUGGGCAAACCGGAUAGCACAGCUCGUAGCCACACGCAAACCUCAACCAACAGACGUCCUUCCCGGCCGGCAAGGUCGCCCCGGCACCGGGGACGACGGUAGAAGAGGCAGGAUACACUCCUCCUCGCCGGGGGUUGAAAACAGGCGCUGA